AUGGAGACUAAAAUACUGUUAAUCUUAUCCUGCAUGGUCCUAGCGACUGCAGCAUGGUCGAUGCCCUACUACCCAGUACCACAGGGACCAAUGAGGUACACGAGGUUUGCCCCACCGCCACCACCGCCUGCUCAUCUACGGUUACAUCCCCUGCAUCAUCAUCAUCAUCAUCAUCAAACUCCUCAACACUUGCAGCCGCAAGCCCAACCCCAUUUGCAGCCACAGCAUAAGACUCCUGCAGAAUCAGCUGACAUAGAAGACUCAAAAUGGCAACGUCCCAAACGUGGCCACGAUGACUAUGACCAUGAUCACGAUCAUGACCACAAAGAUACCAGUGGAGUCACAGGUCCCGUCCACACGUUCGUCAAAACUGACAAGAAUGCCAACUACAAAUGGGGCGUGAGGCACCACGUGGGGGACAAGUACGCCUCUUAG